AAAUUCGCUGAUCUCGAACCAAUCCCUGCACAAGAAGGACCAAAUCCAGUUGUACAAAUUGCCUACUCGGAUGAUUUUAAAGAAGUGAUGGGAUACUUCAGAGCAGUUAUACAAAAUAAUGAAAUUUCUGAACGUGCUUUGGAACUUACUGCUGAAGCUAUUGAAUUAAAUCCUGCAAAUUAUACAGCAUGGCAUUAUAGACGUAUUGUACUUGAUGGAUUGAAUGCGGAUUUAUCGAAAGAAAUAGAAUAUUUAAAUCAAGUUUCCGAAGACAACCCUAAAAACUAUCAAAUUUGGUAUCAUCGUCAAUCGUUGAUUGAAAAACUUAGAGUUGUUGAUGGUGAAAAGGAUUUUGUUGAGAAAAUGUUUGGUGAUGAUUCAAAGAAUUAUCAUGUUUGGACUUAUAGACAAUGGCUUGUCAAGGAGUUUAAUUUAUGGGAAGGUGAAUUAGAUUUUACUAUCCGUCUAUUUAAUCAAGAUUUGAGAAACAAUAGUGCAUGGAAUUAUCGUUUCUAUUUAAUUCAACAUACUACACCAAAUUUUGAAACAAAUAUCCAAGUAAGAAAACAAGAAAUUGAUGUUGCUUUCGAAUACAUUCUCAAAGCACCAAACAAUGAAAGUCCUUGGAAUUAUGCAAAGGGAAUG